AAAACCCAUAUCCAACCUACUGCAGCAAAGCCAUGAUUCCUCCCUCGUCUCGGCGCUGCAAGACGAAGAGAAACAUCAAGUGCCAUGGUACCACCGCGAGACCAGAUUUCCGUACGUCAGGACCAUUCUCCGUCCACAAUAGGGUGAUGGAGAUCCAAUGGCUUCCAGGCUUUCAAUUUCGGGUCCCGAGGGGCCGUCUAAACGAGGUCGCGCGGCCCCCAUCCAGCACCGCCUCCAAGCCUCGAGGAGUCCAGCCAACCGGGCCGUUAUGUCACUCUCUGUGGCGGGCGGUCUGUAUCAUUCUUUCGGCAAGCCACUCGAAAUGCAACAACAACAACAACAACAACCACCCAAGACCACGACCAUCAGGCUUCAGCAAACCAGGUGCGCAGACGCUGGCUGUAUGAAAUGAGAUUCCAAUGGGUGGAUCGUUGGGUACCUUGGGACCGCUUUCUCCUUGUUGCACCAUCGACCCGACUCCCGGGCCCCGUACGGAUGUCCCCCGUCCCGCCCUGUCCUGCAUCUUUGAUCUUCCUGGCUGUUCCCAUGUACUCAGAAAUACGUGUAUUGUGCUCGUCACUUUGAAAACUUGAUACUCAUUGCUGAU